AUGAACAUAACGUGUGACUUCCUACUGCAUGGUUUGUUUUUACCUUGCUUCAGUGUUCUCUUACUUACCUGUUGUCUGACCAUUUACUUUAUCCCUACCUCAGGCUCUGCUAUUGCCAUGGCUUUCAACCCAAAUGUCUUUGUGAGACACGCCUUUGCAACCGACUCCGGUCCAACUGACCCACCGAUUAUUCCCCAUGCGAGUAGUCGUCAAGAAGAAGACGCUCGAUACCAACUGAUUUGGCUGGGACUACAUUAUUUGGAAGUGGAAAAGAAGCUGUGCACUGUCGAAUCGAAUAGCGUGAUCUGCUCAUCGGCUCCUCUGAGGCCGAAAUUUCUGCCGCCGGAUGCAAGAUAUGGAACUACAUCUCAAAUAGUGCAAUCACUGGGUUAUGCGAGGCCCAUGCUGAAUGCCGAAGGCGCUCCGGAAGGUUCCAGAAUGAGCUCUCCUUUGGAUGCUGCCACUUGGAAGUUUGUGGGGGACAGGGAAAUUCAACUCCGGCACCUGACCAACCCAGCUAACCACGAAGGACCACUUUUCACAGAAAAAGAACCGUUUUUGCUAUCACACAAGGCGUCGCCACAGAACAACGUGGAAUCAAAACUAAUUGAGGAAGUAGAUACGCAAGGAAUUAAGACAGGAGAGAUUAAGUUUGCCAGCGAAAGAAUAGCAUGGCACGCUGAAGUCAUGUCCGCCGCCAAAACGGAUGGCCCCAAUCAGCGCCCCAAUCAGCUAAAGAUAACGUUCGAUCUGCCCGGAGUCACUUCGGGAUCUCAAUGUGACCUGGAUGUGACAGAAGACACUGUCCUCUUGACAAUUUUGGACUGCACAAGACAUUACGAACCGCUGGAGUUAAAGUUACCGUGCAGAGUGGUAUCGGAACUAGCCGAGGCUACAUUCAAUCCGAAACGUGAAAAACUCGCUCUGUACGCGCCGAUCCGUCCCAAUGACAUAACCAAAGCGGCCAGUCCUGCUCCCGUUACUCCCGCACCUUGACGAUAACCACGGCGGUCUUCACAGUCCAUUCUCCUUGAUUGUAGGAUCAAUUGUACGAAUUGUGCCGCAACAGUGCAACCAGCAAAAAAGCCCUUUA